AUGAGCGGGCGGUCGCACCGCACGGUGUAUGUGGGCAACCUGCCCGGCGACACGCGCGAGAGCGAAGUCGAGGACCUUUUCGCCAAGUACGGCAAGAUCCUCGAUAUUGAGCUCAAGCUUCCGCCCCGGCCCCCCGGCUUCGCGUUCGUGGAGUUCGCGGACCCCCGGGACGCGGAGGACGCCAUCCGCGGGCGCGACGGGUACGACUUUGACGGCAACCGCCUGCGCGUGGAGCUCGCGCACGUCAUUGUGAAGAAUCUCCCCACCUCCGCUUCCUGGCAAGAUCUCAAGGACCACAUGCGGCGGGCGGGCGACGUGUGCUUCGCGCAGGUCUUCAAGGAGAGGGACGGCAUGAUGGGCAUAGUGGACUACAGCAACGAGGAGGACAUGAAAUAUGCGAUCCGCAAGCUAGAUGACUCCGAGUUCAAAAACCCCUUCUCCCGCGGCGUCUACAUUCGUGUGCGUGAGGAGAGCAAGACGGGUCGCGACCGCAGCCGGUCACCUCGUCGUCGCGAGCGGUCUCGUUCCCGUUCGCGCUCGCGCUCCCGCUCUGCCUCGGGUUCGCGCUCGCGAUCUCGCUCCAAGUCCAAAUCGUGCUCGCGCUCGCCUAAGAAGAGUGGUUCCAAGUCGCCCUCUCGCUCGCGCUCUCGAUCCAAGUCUCCCGCCAAGUCCCCCGAGCGUGCUCGCUCUCCUGCUGGCAGUGAAGGGAAGGCAGCAUCGGGUUGA